AUGUCACUCCGAUCACCCUUCGAUCACGUCAACUCAACGUCUGUGAGUGUUGACCUUGCAAAUGAAUCUGUCGCGAGCGAGAAAGGAAAUCCUUUCGACACACCCUAUGGUUCUAAUGCCCCAUCUGCGGCAUCUUCCCAGGUGUUCUGGGACAACAGAACACCUCCAGCAAGAUUCUUUCACUCACGUCGUGUCAAGAAAGGCGAGGUUUCGAAACCUUGGCUGAGCGUCAAAGACAGCAAAGAGAAAUGGAUUACAAUUAUACCCCUCAUAGGCAUGCUUGUUGGUCUUGCUCUGGGUGCACUUCUUGUCUGGGAUGGUCUCAAGACAGUCAUCAACAACAAAUACUGUCCUAUUUACAGCACCGACUUCUCUGAAGGGCUUGACGAAUCAAUAUGGACCAAGGAAGCCGAGGUCGGAGGCUUUGGUAAUGGGCAAUUUGAAGAGACAACAAUCACUGAUGAGAACGUCUUUUUACGUGACGGAAUGAUGGUCAUUCGCCCUACACUUCAAGACGAAGCAUUGAUCACGACCGAUACUGUCAUCGACUUGACACAGCAAGGUAUUUGCAGUUCUACUGAGUGGAAGAACUGUAUCACAAGCACAAAUACUACCAAUGGCACUAUCAUCCAGCCUGUCAAGUCAGGCCGUGUGAAUCUCAAAAACAGAGCCAUCAAGUACGGCAGAAUUGAAGUCGAGGCAGAGCUGCCUUCAGGUGACUGGCUGUGGCCUGCCAUCUGGAUGUUGCCAGUAAAUUCAACUUACGGCGACUGGCCUGCCUCGGGUGAGAUCGACAUACUGGAGUCUCGCGGCAACGAUCACACAUUCGCUCAAGGUGGUAACAAUAUUAUGUCCAGCGCACUACACUGGGGACCCGAUACUGCCAACGACGCAUGGUGGCGAACAAACAACAAACGUUCAGCUCUGCACACCACCUUUGCACGGAAAUUUCACACUUUCGGGCUUGAAUGGAGCGAGAAAUACCUAUUCACAUAUCUUGAUAGCCGGCUCAUGCAGGUCAUGUAUGUCAACUUUGAUUCGAAGUCAAGCCUCUGGGACACAGACCCGUGGUCUCAGACAGGCCGACCCAGCACGCCUUUUGACGAAGAUUUCUAUUUGAUCAUCAACUUAGCAGUCGGUAGUCAGAAUGGGUGGUUCGAGGACGGCAAGAGCAAGAAACCUUGGGUCGAUGGCAGCCCUACCGCGAAGAAAGACUUUUGGAAUGCAAGAGAUGAGUGGCAGAAGACCUGGGAGGAGGGCAGCCCAGAGUUGAAGAUUAGAGCUGUAAGAGUAUGGCAGCAGCAAGGUUAUAAUGGCUGUGAGAGUGGUAUUCAAUUGUAG